AUGCCGACGAAGGCUUUGGGAGAAACCCUGAAAGAGUACGAAGUGGUCGGCCGCAAGCUUCCCACCGACAAGGAGCCGGUGACUCCCAUUUGGAAGAUGCAGAUCUUCGCUUCGAACCAUGUGAUUGCAAAGUCGCGCUUCUGGUACUUCGUUUCCAUGUUGCGUCGUGUCAAGAAAGCAAAUGGGGAGAUUUUGUCGUGUAAACAGGUAUUCCCCAGGAAAGUUGCUGGUUCGGUGAAAAACUAUGGUGUUUGGCUAAAAUAUGAUUCUCGUACUGGGCACCACAAUAUGUACAGAGAGUAUCGAGAUGUUACUGUGGCUGGAGCAGUCACGCAGGCCUAUCGCGACAUGGGAGCCCGUCACCGUGCCCAGGCAGACCGGAUCCACAUCCUGAAGGUGCAAGCCGUGAAGGCGGCGGACACCAAGAGGGCCGGGAUUAAGAUGUUCCACGACUCGAAGAUCAAGUUCCCGCUUCCGCAUCGCGUCACGAAGAGGAGGAACGUGUCGCAGUUCACAACCAGACUCCCCACCACUCACUUCGCUUAG